AUGGACGAAUCUCACUCGAACGUGAAACAAACAUCGGAGAACCCCGACGACCCUCCCAACAGCCGCCUUUUCUUGGUGACCAGUCGCUCCGUCACCGAAGAUGAGCUUCGGGACAGGUUCUCACAGUUCGGCGACAUCCAGGGCAUUUGGGUUGUCAAAGACAAGCAGACGAAGGAAUCCAAAGGCAUUUGUUACAUCAAGUUCGCCAAAUCGUCUCAGGCCUGCCUGGCUAUGGAGGAAAUGCACGGAGAAGUCCUGCUGGACGAAAAAAAGCCAAUCAAGGUGUUUAUCGCACAGUCACGCUCAUCUUCCAGCCACAGAGAUGUGGAGGACGAGGAGCUGACGAGAAUCUUCGUUAUGAUUCCCAAAACUUUCUCUGAGGAAGAUCUGAAGAACACUUUUAAAGAAUAUGGUGACAUUGAAUAUUGUGUCAUCAUCAAGAACAAGACUACCGGUGAGAGUAAAGGUUUAGGCUACGUGAGAUACUACAAACCCUCCCAAGCAGCCCUGGCCAUUGAGAAUUGCAAUAAAGCUUACAGGGCCAUCCUGGCGGAACCUCGCUCCAAAACUGCGGCCACAGAGGAUUAUAACAACAGGAGCGACUACUCGGGAGGUGUUGACUCUAUGAACAUGCAGUCCUUCAACAUGGCCGUGCCAGCAGAGUCUGUCAGCUACACAGUGACAGAUUACCACAGUGGUGGCAACGGCCCCGACAUGACCUGCUGCCUGAUGGUGUCCACCCGCGCCGGGCUCACUCAAGAGCAGAUAUUUGCUCUUUUUGACCUAAUUCCUGGGAUGGAAUACUGCGAACUGCAGCGGGAUGCCUACGGGAUAAGCAAAGGUCAAGCAAUGAUCCGGUACAGUACAUUUGAAGCCGCACUUUACGCUAAAGAAAAAAUAAAUGGAUUUGAGUAUCCACCAGGAAACAGACUGGUUGUCAAUUUUAUGGACAAUGGAGAAGAUCAGAGCAGUUCAGUAGGUAGGAUGGCAAUGCAGUUUGUGGCCACACAGAUGAUGUCAUCAGGGUGGAAUGGGCCCUCCAACAGCCAAGCCGGCAAGCAUCCUUCCGCUUCUCACCUGGGAUUUAGUGGGCCUCCAGCUCCCCGAAUUCAAACAGACGUGAGCCUGCCGCCCCUCAAGAAGUUGGCGCCUCUUGACUGUGUGCCUAAAGAGCGCUUGUUUGUGGUGUUUAGCCCCGCCCCCUUGCCCAUUGAUGUGCUGGAGAAUGUUUUUGGACGCUUUGGCUCCUUGAUGGAAGUCUACUUGGUGGCAGGCAGGAAAGUUGGUUACGUGAAGUACGCAGACAAGCAGUGUGCUGACGAUGCCAUGGCGGCACUCCACGGUCACACGGUCAACGGCGUGAAGAUGAAGGUGAUGCUCGCUGAUCCUCCCAGAGAAGAAUCACACAAAAGACUCCGCACGUACUAG